UUGAUUAUAAGGGGUUUGAAGUUUUGACAUUCCGGGGAUCGGUCGGUGGGCGAAGGGCUCAAGUGAAUUUCAUGGUGCCCCUGUUUCAGGAGGCAGCCCUGGUCAGGCACAGUCAUCUAGCUUUCCUUUUUCUUUUUAUCUUCUGACUGCCAACUCAAUGCACCAUCUACAGUGACAGCGGCGGACGACCAACACUGUGCAGGAUGCAGUGGACGUGCAGUUGCAUUUCCCAUGGCCCCAUCCUGUUGCUGCUAGCGUUGCUGCUCCUCCUCAACAGCAACACCGUCCCCGCUCAUCCACUCCGCCGCCGCCGCAGCAGCAGCAGCAGUCCCAGCAACAACAACAACAACGACAACUGGCUCCCCAACCCUUUGAGUCUGGGUCAAGAUGCCACCGCAGCCCUAACCUGGCUCGACCAAAGCGCCAACCAACUCAGCAACAGCGUAGUCCACGGCCUCAACUCCGCCCUCCCUCCUGAUCCCAACUUUCCCCAAUCCCCCCCAUCCCCCUCAAAACCCCCCUCAACCACAUCACCCGCCACACCCGACAAGGACUACGGCAUCGCCUACUCCCCCUACACCGCGGAGGGAACCUGCAAACCCGCCACGCAAAUCACCCACGACCUCGCCCAGCUCUCCGGCUACGCCUUCGUCCGCAUCUACGGCACCGACUGCGACCAAACCCGCCUCGUCCUGUCCGCCGCCCGGGGAUUCGGCCUCCGCGUUUUCGCCGGCCUCUUCGACCUCCGCCACUUCUCCGAGGAUCUGGGCACCAUCAUCGAAGCCGUCGCCGACAACAGCGGGGACUGGGGCAGUAUCCACAGCAUCGCGAUCGGGAAUGAACUCCUCAACAGCGGCCAGAAUACCGCCGCCGAGGUGGUGGGCGCGGUGCAGGCGGCGCGCGCGACGCUCCGCGGGGCUGGGUACGAUGGUCCCGUCGUGGCCGUCGAUACGGUCGCGGCGCAUUUGGCCAAUCCGGGGGUGUGUGCGGUUAGUGAUUAUUGCGCGGCGAAUUGUCAUGCGUUUUUUGACGAUGAAGUUGAGGCGGGGGGCGCGGGGGGGUUUGUGAGGGGGCAGGUGGGGAAGUUACUGGAGAUGAUGGAGGGGGAUGGGGGGGCUGAGAUUGAGGAUGGGGCUGGUGGUGGUGGUCAGGGAAAGGGCAAAGGAAAGAAGGUGGUUAUCACGGAAAGCGGAUGGCCGCAUGCUGGCCAGGCGAAUGGGAAGGCCGUGCCCUCGUUGGAGAAUCAGCGCGCUGCGGUGCGGAGUUUGAGGGAGGCGUUUGCGCGGUCUGGUCCUGGAGCUGGAGCUGAUGCUGGAGAUGGGGCUGGAGCUGAUGCUGAUGCUGAUGCUGAUGCUGAUGCUGAUGCUGAUGAGUACCCAAAGAAUGGGGAGGAUGGCGAGGUAGGGCUGGUGCUGUUCUCCUCGUUCGAUGACCUCUGGAAGGUGGAUAAUGGCUAUACCUUUGGGGCGGAGAAGUUCUGGGGGAUUCUGGGGCAUUAGCUCCCCCUGUUGGUCUUCAUGCUUGUUUCAGGGGAUGAGGAAGGAAGGGUGAUAUCAUGCUGGGUUUCAUGAUAAGUUCGUGUUUCUGGUUCUUGCUUUGGUGUUUAGGGCUUGGUGUUUUCUCUGGUGUGUAUGAUAUGAUUAUGGUUGGGUACUUGUGGAAGUCAUGAGGAAUGAGG